AUGUGUCUGAGCGGGCAGGUACUCCCCACCGAAGUGAUCCUGAAAGUUCUGGGAAAUCUCAAAUACCGAACCUUGCUCGAGUGUAAGCUGGUAUGCCGUGCACUAAAUGCCGUGGCCAGUGACCCUAUACUAUACAAGCGCGUGCCACAUGAUAGGACGGGUACCAGCAGCACCCAAGAGUUUCUUCAG